AUGCUUCUCAAACUUCUGAAUCUUCUAGCACCUUUUUAUUUUCUUUGCCUUUUAUCAGUCACAUUUUCUCUCCAGAUAUUCCUGUUCCUUCCUGGGAUGUGUGAGGAUCCCUCAGGAAUUUUAAACCUAUAUGGCCUCCUGAACAGCUGUCUCUUUCUUUUCCUCCUAGUCAAUGUUGUUGGGAAUUAUAUUUUGGUAAUCUGGAACAGUCCUGGGGUAGGACAUAUCGGUACAGAAAGUGAAAUAGACAGUAAGCCCUUUUGCCAUCUGUGUGCUCGAGUGAUGUCUGAACAGGAGCAUCACUGUUUCUUCACAGGAACAUGUAUUGGCCGCAGUAACUGGCGUAGCUUUGUGUUCUUCUGCAUGCAUACCUCUUGCAGUUGCUUUCAUGCAGUGGUGUCAGGAGUGGGAUACAUCUCAGAAAUCAUUUCUCUUUCUUUCUUUGACCCUCUGACCUUCCUCAAGCUGCUUCCACAUUCUAUAACACGUUUCUUCUCAGGAUCAAUCCUCAGCUCAGACAUGCUGGUGGUCCUAAUGAUAUAUGUCUGGUUUGGGGUGGGUUUGGCUUGUGCUGCUUUCUGCUGCCACCAACUGAUGCUGAUUUCUAAGGGUCCAAGCUGUUUCCAGAAUCCUCAGAUAAACACAGCUGCCAAAAGGAGUGUCAACCUGCACAAUGUCUUCGGAGACAGAUGGAUUCUGGGAAUUCUAGUUCCACAACCAAGGGACCCGUGA